AUGAAGAUUAUCCGUCUUCCAGCUCUUCCCAUUCGUCGAGACCGAGCCAAAAUUCAAGUCAAUAUUCCAACGGUCACGACUCCACUAGAAUCGGUUGCUGAGAAGCCGAAGAAGAGAGCUUUGCUCAUUGGAGUGCAGGGGUCCGAAGGUGCAUUGAAGGGGCCACAUAGAGAUGUCGCCGUUAUGAAGGAUCUUCUCAUUGAUAACUACGGCUAUCUUCCCAAGGACAUCGUAACUCUGGUGGAUACCAAGGACGCGAAGCAGAAGCAACCAACGCACGACAAUAUGAUCGAGGAAAUGAUGAACCUGGUUAAAGACGCUGUUGCCGGAGAUCGUUUCUUCUUCCAUUAUGCUGGACAUGCGACGCAAGAACAGAAUAAGGAUAACAAGGAAGAAGAUGGGAUGGACGAAUGCAUCAUCCCGUGCGACGGUAAACUGAUUAAAGAUGAUGUGCUGAGAACGAUUCUGGUCGACAGCCUGCCACCGAAAUCCCACCUCGUCGCGAUCUUCGACUCCUGUCACUCGGCGUCACUGCUCGAUCUCAAGCAUUUCCGCUGUAACCGAGUUUACGUUCCAUGGAUAUCGAAAGGCCGUCGGAGAAGCGAUUCGAAGUGGUAUGCCAAUGUUCGCAGGAACGCAGCGCUGGUCAAUCGUACAAUACACCAGACUAGUCGAAUGAGCAACAACAUCGUCAAAACCCGCAAGACUUCCAUCGACCAUCUUUCAGAACAACCCCGCCCACCUUUACCUCCAACUCCCGCAUCCCACCUCGUCGAAUUCACCGCAGAGCAUUCACGGUCCACCUCCAGCUCAUCCACCACCUCAUCUUCAUCCUUACCUGCUCCUCAAUCUCCCGCAACAAGAGCCCUUCGAGCUAUCUCUCUCGAUAAAAACCAAAAACAACGGACGGGAUCCGUGACCAAAGACAGACGACGACAAUCUACGAGCACCAUCAAGUCGAGUUAUACGCCGUGGUUUGACGAUCGGCCUGGACAAGAAGGGCUUUUUGUAUGCGAGUCUCCUGUUGCAGAGUUCUGUACUGGAGAGUGUCGCUCGUACCCUUCGCCUAUUACGAGCAGGAGACCGACGUUUGGGAGCGGGAAGAGCGCAUUGGUGAGACGACCGUUGGCCGAUGUGAUAUCCUUGGGAUCAUGUAAGGAUAGUCAAUUCGCUUGGGAAGAUUUGAGCGGAGCUUCGAUGACACAGGCGUUGGCGGAGAUCCUGAGCGCUGAUCCUCACCCGACUUUAAACGAUUUCAUGACCAAGCUGAGCCAUACGCUGCAUGACAGGCUCAUGAGGAUGCACGAGGCGAACAUGCAAUAUAAGAAAAAGAAAAAAUGGUGGAGAAAAAUAAAAGGGAGAAAAGCGCCUCCUGAGGGGGACACCAAAGGGGAAUUGGAGAUCAACAAUUUCCAGGAUCCUCAGAUUUCCAGCCAUAAGCCUUUGAAUAUGGAAUCGCGAUUGGAGUUUUGA